AGACGCACGUGCGCGGAGGGACCGGGCAAGGGGGUGGGGCUAGAGGGAUAGAAGCGUGGAGCUGCGGAUGAAAGCUGGAGGCGGCUCUGUGGUAGAAUCUCCAUGGCUGCAAUUUACUCUGGUAUUCAUCUGAAGCUGAAAAGCUCAAAGACAUCUUGGGAAGACAAACUUAAAUUGGCUCAGUUUGCAUGGAUUUCUCAUCAGUGUGUCCUUCCAAAUAAAGAACAAGUCUUACUGGAUUGGGUGAGUCAUACACUGGUUUCUUGUUAUAGCAAGAAACUUGAUUUGUCAGAUGAAAUUAUUGAGAAGCUUUGGACAUACCUGGACAACAUUCUUCGUAGCAAAAAACUACAGAGUCUUAUCAAGGAUGGAAAAACAGUCACCCUACGUUUUUCAAUUGCACAGGUCAUAAAUGAAAGGCUUUCCGUUUCUUACACUCAAAAAACCCUGACGGAUGUUGGCACUGUAUUAAAUUGUUGUAGGUCUAUUCUUUCAGUUUCCCCCCUCGCCAUAGUUUAUACUGCAAAAUAUGAACUUCUGGUGGAUCUUCUAAGUAAGCUGUCCUGGUUAGCAUGUUGGCAGUUAUCAUCAGAAGAUGCUGUGUCCUCCCAGUUGUUUGAAGUCCUCCAGUUGACCCUUGGGCAGUACCUUCUGAUUCAGAGGCAGCAAGCCAAUGCCAAUCGUGUCUUUGGACAAGUCACCAAAUCUUUGCUUCAGCCAUGCCUGCUCUUGAGACAUUUCUUAACAGCCAGGGUGUGGACACAGGGAGAGGAUAGCCAUGGACGUCAGCACCUGAGCAGGGAAAUCCGGAAUGGCAUAGAGGCUUUGGUGAAGGCUGGCAUUUUCCAACCAGAACUCUUGCCAUCUUACAGAGAAGAGCUGCUGCCAGAGAAGGAAUCCCACAAUGUAAAGAAAAGGGCUCUGAAAACUCUCCUUCUGCCAGCCAGUACCAUCCAGAUGGUUGUUGGGGAUACUAGCUUUUGCCAGUCAGAUGUUCAUGAGAAAGCAGUAGCAAGUUCAGUGCCUCUUCUUUUUAAACUCUUUGUGGAGUCUUACAAUAAGGCUGAAGACCACUUGGUUUGUUUUUACAUGCUCACUAAACUUUUUGGCUGUCUAAAGGUUGCGCGCCUGCAGGGGGAUCUUUGGACUUACCAGCUUUCUCCAUCUGAAUGGAGUCCGGAGCUCCUUGCAGUGGAGCAGCUUCUGAACUCGGUGCUGAGCAACAGUACCUAUAAUGUUGCUGUUGACAGAAUUCGACACAAGGAGGUCCAGUUUCACUUCUACCGUCAGGUGGCACAGACACUAGUCAAUCACCCACAGGCCACCAUCCCUGCUUGGUUUAGGUGUUUCAGGGCCUUGAUAUCACUAAAUCAUUUGAUUGUGGAGCCUGAUUUAGAUGACUUGGUGGCUUCAGCUUGGAUUGAUGCUGAGGUUUCUGAGCCACGUACAAAAAAGGCUCAGGAGGCUCUUGUUAAUGCUCUCUUUCAGACUUAUGCCAAGUUGCGGCAGUUCCAGAAACUCUUUGAAGAGGUCUUGUCUGUCAUCUGCCGCCCUGCUGCAGAAGAUUUAAGGCUCCCAGUUCUGCCUGCUGGCAUCAAGGCCAAACUCUGUGAGUACCUUCUAGAACUGCCACCCAAUCAGAUAUUGGACAUUCUGUACCUCAUACUGGAGAAAUGUCAGACUUCAAUUAUUCCUGAUGUUAGAGGUGAUUCUGACAUGGCUUUGAAGCUGAAGUCCAUGAGCACAUUGCUUCAUUCUGUUCUGUUCAACAUGAGGACUUUAGAUGAUUCCACCCCAUUGCCUGUGGUCCAUCGGACUCAGAAUCUGCUGGAGACCAUGCAGAGGGAGAUAAUCCAAGCUUUGUUAGAUCUGCUGAAGGACUGUCAGGUGGAAGAUACAGAGCUGGAGCUUUGGCUUGAGAAAGUAGGAGACUCUGUUCUCCUGCUUGCUUGCACCUGGGUAGCAGCAGAUACUCUGUUUGGUUUAAAUUGCAGCAAAUAUAUCUCCCCAUUAGGCACAGCGGCCCUUACUGUUGCUGAUUCCACUGCAAAUUUCUCAGACUUCUCCACUGUUCUCCCUGGCUUUGAUGCACAGUAUUGGGAAAAGAUAACUAAGCUUCUAAGUAGUUCCUGCUCAGGUAGUAGGUAUUGUAUAGAAUGGCUGAUGCUUCAGAAGAUCAAGAGAAUGUUGUUGUAUUCCAGCUGCCAUACAGAGGGAUUGAAACAGAUUAUACAGCGUGCUGCAGCUUUUAUCCUUCACUCUGGAAAGUCUUGCAUGACUGAAGUUGAACCUGAACCAUGGGAUGGCAAUGCAGCUACCAUAAAUAGCUGCACUUACCCAACUGCUCACUGGCAUCUUGUUGUUUCAAAUCUUCUGAUUUUGAAUCCAUUUUUGUCUGUGAAUGAUGCACUGUAUGUUGCAGAUGUACUUCUGAAGACAAUGUUGAUGAACCAAACACAGGCAGCGUCCUCCGAUGCAGACGAUUCUUUAAUCUCAGUUGGAAAGGUGUCUAAAGAUUUCCUGCACAGCCCACUUCUUCCAGAAAUGAGGAUGCUACACACCUCUUUUAUAAGCCACAUAGUUCAGCAUUGUGCUAGUGUGCUGUACCCUACAGUUCAGAACGUUGCCAGUCAGCCUCUUCGGCAGCUGUCUGUGGAAGGUAUUCCAUGGUGCGAAGCCAGCUUUUCCUCCUGUGUUGCUGGAGAGAGGCCUAAAGAAGAAUUAUCUGUGUGCUGGACAGUAAUGGAGGAAGUUGCACAAAAUAUACUGUCAUUGGUGAAAGUGAGAUCUUUUGUUACUUUAGAAGAAGAGCAUAUCAGAAUGCUUUUGGAUUUGCUGGAGGUCAUUUCCGUAUUGAAUCUGGACAGCCUUUUUCCCAUGGAUCACGCUCGGCUGUUCCUCUCACUCUUGUCUUUGACUGUCAAUACCAGAGCUAACGUUUCCUGUGGUGAGGCCUGGUCUUUGAAACUCCUGGCAACCUGCUACCAUCUGUUAGCACGUUUACAGACUGGCAGAAAUGUCACCUCCUCCUUUAAGGUCUUGCAUGCUAGUGAUGCUCUUGAAGCUGUCUUCACUUCUGUGCUUGUGGUCUGCCAGACUUUUGCCAGCACUUUGCCAGCUGCUCCUUGGGAGGAAUUCCUUCAAGGGAUCCAAGUCUUUUUGGAACACUAUCUUCAGAUAGUUCUUGAAAGGCGGCUGAGUGUGAAACUGAACAUGGAAAAGUUCACAUCUUUCCUAGCGGCUUGCCAGCCACAUGCAGCCAGCAGCGAACUCACUGAGCUCUGGAACCCAACUGCGUAUCAGCUUCUGUUAGUGGCGCUAACUGCCCAGUGUCAUGUUCUGACUUUGCACAUCCAAAAGCAGAGUGGAAACUGGAAGGCGUCAGAAACAUUGCUCAAUCUGCUCAAGCAGGCCAUGCUUCAGACAGGAGCAACCAUCCAAAUUUUCCUUAGAAACAGUACCAAAGGCCAGCCACUGCCUUUAGCAUUUAUCCCAUGUGCCACAACCCUUCUGAAAGCAGACUUGUCUUGUACUCAGAUAGCAUGCCCUAUGACUGGGGAGGAUGAGCAAAAGAGGCUUCAAGAAUCAAGGAGAAACCAGCAGCUUUCUCACAGGGAUUUAUACCAAAGAUUUUAUACUCAAAUACUGAGAGAAUUGGACUUGGCAGGUGGCAGUUUCCAGUUCCUUAGCUCUGCCUUGCAUUUCUUAGCUGUCUUCUGUUCCAUGCCUGAGCUGCUUCCUGCACAAGAAACUUCUGUUGCUGUAUUCCAUUCCAUAAAGAAACUGCUUUCUGGUCCUGGAAUCACACUUCAAGUGAUUCAAAGCGUAGAAAUGCAGCUGGCAGAGUUGAUUGCCCAGCUGGUGAAGAAUUGCACCAUUGACAACUUUUGUGCCAUACUGAGGCUGGUGCUUGAGGGGCUGGACAUUUGCAAUGCUUGGAAACAAAAUACCAAGCAAGUACUGUCAGCUGUUACUCUAGUUAAACUUCUACUUGGCUGCCCUUUAAGUGGAGAGAAGGAGAAAGCUUUCUGGCUUUCAAGUCCACAGUUAAUCACCGCUUUAGUCAUGCAAGCCAAAGAGGCUUCUCAAGACCACACAAUGAUCCCCUCCCUCAUUGUACUUAUAUUGGAGACAGCAGCAAUCCUCCUGAGGCAAGGAGAAGGGAUUCUCUCCAACCCUCAUCAUGUCACCCUCAUGUUCGGCAUUCUUCUGACUGUCCCUCUUGACCAUUUAAAAACAGAGGACUAUUACAGCAUCUUCUUGGGAAUUCAUGAAGUUCUUUUUUCCAUACUACAGUACCACCCUAAGGUGAUGCUAAAAGCUGCUCCAUCUUUCCUGUGCAGUUUCCAUAAACUGGUGGUUUCUGUUAUGCAUGAGGGAAGACAGAAAGGAGAUGGAGGGAUGACGAAUGAAUUGGGAAUUAUACUUAAAUGUGCCCAGUUGUUAGAACGGAUGUACAGUUACAUUGCUGCAAAAACAGAAGAGUUCACUAUUUUUUCUGCUUUCAUUGUGGGCCAGUAUGUGACUGAACUGCAGAAGGUAACCUUGCACCCAGCUGUAAAGAAACAUCUAACCGAAGGGAUUUAUCAGAUUCUUGAUCUUUGCAUUGAUUCUGAUAUCAAGUUCCUAAAUGUAUCUCUACCAAUGGGAGUCAGGGAAGUCUUGAAGGAACUGUACAGUGACUAUACACAUUACAGAACUCUACAACAGGGGGAUGAAAAGUAUAGAGCAUGAGGAAUCCUUUCUUAUUGUUUCAGAAUCUCAUGGAAGACCCUCUUCCAGAGCAAUGGGCACCUGAUAUUUUAAAUGGUUUUUGUACUGUUUUACAGCACUUGGGACUUGUUCAUUUCACUGGGCACAUAUGAGACUUUCCCUGUGCACAUAUGACUCUGGCAAACUAUGCACUCCUUAAGACUCAUAAUAGAAUCUGUUUUUUUACCUCUAGAAAGAGAUGUUAAAGUAUUUGUACAGUUACAUUUAUACUCUCAAGACAUCCAUUUGUAAGAUAAUGCCAGAAUUUUCAAGAGACAUUGUGGUUCUUAAAUUACUGCAGAAAAUAAUCAUUUAUAUUAAUUUUUUAAAAUUUUGUUAUAAGUUUGUUUGUUUGCUUUUACAUUCAGACCACAGAACUUCUGUGUUAAGAUACCAUUGUUAAAGCUAAGAAUCCUUUUUUUUUAAAAAAAUUGUGAAUACUGUUCCUUGUCUGCACUAAACAUUAACACCAAUAAAGUAUCAUCAUAGAUUGGGAGUGUAAAUAUACUUAUGUACUGGUGUGGGAUGAAUAGCAAUAGCCUUCUGAUGACCAAGUAACUGCUCAAGUGUCCAUUUUCUUCUGAAAGCAAACCUUUCCAGGUGAGGUACCCAGGAGAGUUUUGUAGCAGCUGAGGCUUCCUUUGCCUUAAAGGGCAGCUGAUGGGGAAAGAAUGGAACAAGGUACAUAAUCAUCUUUGAAAUUAUGAAUUUGAUCAUUUUUGUUUUGCCCUUCCUCCAUGGAACCUAGAACAUAAAAUUAACCCAUUUUGUCUUCGCAACAGCCUGGCUUAAAGUAGUGUUAGAUGUGAGACAAAGUGGCUUCAAGGAUAAAAGGCUGCCCAAAUUCAAAUAGAUUACACUAGUUUUCCUCUAAAAGCCUGUUCUUUAUAUUGUGGUUUGAGAAAUGUUUACCAAAUAUUGGCUUUUCCCUAGUUUCUUCUGCCCGCUUGUGAUUAAUUCAUGAAACCUCAACAAUUUAAAUUUAACUUGUGGUUCCAUGGUACAACUCUUUCUCUUUUGGCCACUAUAGGCUUGUGAUAGCAGAGCACAACCUUGGGAGCAAGUACAACCUUCUUCCAUCCUUGUCUGGUGUUUGAAAGCACUGGAGAAGGGGACAUGAAAAGCAUCAGAGAGAGAGCAGAAUGUAUGAACAAGAGCAGAAGAAAUGUCAGGAGAAGGGGAUCCAUGCUUCUCUCUCUCUCCUUCCCCUAAAUGUCCCCAUGCAGCUUAUGAAAUUUCAUGACCGUUAUCUAGUCAGAAACAUAAAUCCUUGUUUGACCAUACAGUAUGGCUAUGACUAGACUCCCAAGACUCUGCUAACAGUAGAAGAAUUAUGUCCUGACAGUUUCCUGCCUUGAAAGAAGAGAGACAAUUCUGUACCUUAAAUGUUGAAAAUCUGCUCUGAGGAAGAAGUCAGUUGAAGAACUGAAAGCAGUUUUGCACAGACACAAGAACUGGAAAUGAAAUUUGGCAAGGCCGUUGAGUAGGGAGAUGAGACUCCCAUUCAGACCAAAGGAAAGGGGAUAUAUCUCCAGGGGAAAGAAGAAGAAUCCCUGCCAGUUAAACAGGGAGAGUAAUCGCUGGGAGAAGGAGGAGAUCCCUGGUCUGCUGUGAAAGAAAACUGCCUGAGACACCUCAAGAGCUAGAGAGAAAUUUGGGAUUAAAAGGAAGGAAGUUGGGUAACUAAAAGAAGGCACCAGCCACAAGGAAAUAAUAGGAGAAAUAGGAAACUAUAUUAAGAAGUGUUAUAGUUUUUGGCAAACCUAGGGAGAAAGCCUCCCCAUAUUAAGAUCUCAGUGAUUAAGAAAAUAAUCUUCAAUAACUCUCAUUUGCCUGUAUAAAUAAUUACAAUCUGUGCAGCCACUGAUUUUUGCCUCAAAGUUAACAACUUCUGAUUACAUCUGAGCUUCCUCUGUCUUUUAAAUAAAAUCUUUUGUUUGA